AUGUUCGCAAAUUUCACGUUCGGCUUAUAUUCCGCAGUGUUCGUUAUAGUUGCAGUUCUGAUGGGCUGCUUGGGAUGCUUCGAAAAGUUCGCUUUGAAUUCCUUAAGAUUUGUUCCUAUUCAUCCCUUGAAGGAAAUCGACGAAACCAAUAAUUUAAGAGAUCUAAUGGGUUUAAUGCAAUACGAGCUUUGCAGUGAGAAGCACUUGAUUCGCGACGAUUUAGCGACUCAGAAGGCUUCCAGAACUGUCGAAAUUUUAAGGAUAAACCACGAAGAAAUCUGCGUUAGCAUAUACGAUUUUAAUAAAUGCUUGGAUAUAACUUUUUUGUUCAACACGAUUGUUGAACUGGGCAUUUUGAUUGUCGAUUGGUACGCUGUUAUCGCCUAUUUGGUUUACAGUUUUCAAGAAGACGAAGCAUUCGGAUUGAAUAUAUUGAACAUAUUUUUUGUGCUGUUUCAUACUUAUGCGUUGUUCCUGUUUUUGAAGACUUUCCAGCAGUUAAAAAAUAUGAUACACGGGCUGGUUACCUUCCUAUUAGAAUAUUCGACGAGGAUUUACGAACCAGAAGAACACCAACAGGUCAGACUUUUUAUCGAAAAGAUUAACAACCACCGGCCAUUUACUGCAUGCGGAGUUUUCACGAUUGAUUUGGGAAUCGCUGGGCCUAUAGCUGCAAAUAUACUGACUUAUGUAUUGGUGGCGCUGCAAUUUGAAGUUCCUGAUGACGAAUAA